AUGUCAGACUCAGAAGAGUCGCAUCUCGACAUACCUCAGCAUAUCAAAUACUGGAAACGAUGUCUUCUCAGCCUCCUUCCCAACGCAUACACCUCCACUGACUCCUCCCGCAUGACCCUCGCAUUCUUCAUCCUCUCCGCUUUAGAUCUCCUCUCCGCCGGUCCAGAUACCUUUACGCCCGCCGAAAGAGCCGACGUACGCAACUGGAUACUAAAAUGUCAGCAUCCCCACGGUGGCUUCUGCGGGAGCCCAAAUCACAGAUAUCCAGACGCGUUCUAUGGGGAGGAAGGGACGGGGGGGACUAUGGAUCCCGCGAAUUUACCGGCUACAUAUUUUGCGAUUUCGUCUCUGGGCUUUGUGGGGGGCUUGGAGCGCUUAGAGAGGCGUAAGUGCUUGAGGUGGCUGAACAGGCUUCAGAGAGAGGAUGGGAGUUUCGGGGAAUUGGUUACAAAAGAGGGGGAUAUUGAGGGCGGGCAUGAUAUGAGGCAUUGCUACGUUUUGACGAAUAUUAGAUGGAUGCUAAGAGGCGAUGUAGAAGGGCCAGUGGAUGGGAUUGAUGAUAUAGAUGUUGAAGCCCUGGUUGGCCAUUUGAGAGCUGGACAGGUAGGUCAAGAGUUCUGUUUACUAGUUGAAUAUAAAUUGAUUUAUGUAGACUUAUGAUGGUGGUAUAUCCGAAAGUUCAUCCCAUGAAGCGCAUGGUAAGUUGUUUGAUGUGUCCUGAAAGUGCGUGUCUAACUCGCGUAAAGCUGGUUAUACUUAUUGCGCUAUUGCGUCUUUGGCACACUUGAAACGUUUGCCAAAACCAGAUUCUACAUCUUCAACAGACAGCUCAGAUUUGUCGCCUGGGCUCACAGACUUACCAGCAACGAUUCGAUGGCUUGUCUCUCGACAAGUGGGAUUCAGAGAAGAAGAUGCUUCAGAUGACGAGGAACAAACCCCCCGGGCUGAAUCUCCAGGUCCCUCUUGUCGAGAGGAGGACUUUGUGGGCUUCAAUGGCCGUUGUAACAAAAACGUUGAUACUUGCUAUGCCUUCUGGGUAAUGGCAUCGCUACAUGUAAAAGCUCCCUCUUCUUCCCUACCAAAUCUUCUAACGCGGACGCCAGAUGCUAGGAGAAGGAAACCUUAAACUGCUAGAUACCACCGCCAUUCGCCGAUUCCUCUUUGAACAGACCCAACAUCGGAUUGGCGGCUUUGGCAAGUAUCCUGGAAAUCCACCUGAUAUAUAUCAUUCGUAUCUCGGCCUUGCUGCGUUAGCAAUUCUAAAAGAACCAGGCUUGAAGCCGUUGGACUCCGUUUUAUGUGUGAGCGAGGAGCAGAAAGAGAAGAUGAUCAGGAUGAGAAGUGAAGCAUCUCUACCGACUAAAAGGUAUUGGAAACAUGAAUUCUGCUACGGUAUUCGAGAAGACCACGAAGGAUUCUCAGAAAAGAUGGAGGAGAGUGAGCCAGUCCCGGAUUAUCUCAAGAUAGUAGUAGGAGAAUCAUGA